CCCCACUCCAUAUAUGGGGAAACUUGUCUUUAUAUUGCUCAACUUCCGGGCUGACGUCCUUUUUCGACGCAGCGUGAAGAGAGCGAAAACGCAACAAUAUGAGUAAGGUUUCCAGAGACACCUUGUAUGAGGGUGUCAGAGAGGUCCUGCAGGGCUCGCUGGCAAAGCCCCGAAAGUUUGUGGAGACGGUGGAACUGCAGAUCAGCCUGAAGAACUACGAUCCGCAGAAGGACAAGCGUUUCUCUGGCACCGUCAGGUUGAAAACCCUCCCCAGGCCAAAGUUCUCUGUUUGUAUCCUGGGUGACCAGCAGCACUGUGACGAGGCCAAGGCUGCUGCCCUGCCCCACAUGGACAUCGAGGCGCUGAAGAAACUGAAUAAGAACAAGAAACUUGUCAAGAAACUCUCCAAGAAGUAUGACGCAUUCCUGGCAUCUGAGUCUCUGAUCAAGCAGAUCCCUCGUAUCCUUGGGCCGGGCCUCAACAAGGCCGGCAAGUUCCCCUCACUGCUCACGCACAACGAGAAUCUCACCACCAAGGUGGAUGAGGUCAAGUCCACCAUCAAGUUCCAGAUGAAGAAGGUGCUCUGUCUGGCCGUGGCGGUGGGACACAUCAAGAUGACGGAGGAAGAGCUGGUGUACAACAUCCACCUGGCCAUCAACUUCCUGGUCUCUCUGCUGAAGAAGAACUGGCAGAACGUCCGUGCCCUCUACAUCAAGAGCACCAUGGGCAAGCCCCAGAGACUCUACUAGGUUGUCUCUGUCGAUAUUACCUUCUGUCCAGAUAUAAGCCCCAGAGACUCUACUAGGUUGUCUCUGUCGAUAUUACCUUCUGUCCAGAUAUAAGCCCCAGAGACUCUACUAGGUUGUCUCUGUCGAUAUCCACUCAAGUCCAGAUACUGGAUACCAACCUGGGUGUCAGUAUCACCAUUGGGAGACCCAGGAGCCUCCACCAAAGAAACCAACCAACCAGCCUUUUCUCCCUAUCUUUGUCUGCCAUGAGUAUUGUUGUACUGUAAACUAGCUGUCAAACCUGCCCGUCUUUUCUAUGAAUAAAACGUGCCAAGAUCCUUGAGGCUUC